GACUUCAUCCCUAUAUAAAGCUCUCCCUAUGAACAAUUUCGUGUUCUAAUCCCCAAACCAUCAUCCGAGAGAGAUCGAGAUUUUCAAUUUCAGUGAGCAAGUAUUGUCUCUGCCAUCAAUCUUUACGAUGUCGUACUCGAGAAGGUCAAGGUACUCUCCCUCUCCUUCGCCUAAGCGAUACAGGUCUCCAUCUCCUUCCCCAAGGCGAUACAGGUCCAUUUCGCGGUCCGUCUCGAGGUCCAUGUCCAGAUCAAGGAGCCCAUCUGUGGAGAAUCCUGGGAACAAUCUGUAUGUGACUGGAUUAUCACCUCGGAUCACAAGGAGAGAACUUGAGAAGCAUUUUGCGUCCGAGGGAAAAGUGAUUGAUGUCCAUCUUGUAGUUGAUCCAUGGACAAGAGAAUCUCGUGGAUUUGGGUUUGUUACCAUGGAAAAUGUUAAUGUGGCUGACCGCUGCAUCAAAUAUUUAGAUCGCUCUGUUCUUGAAGGUCGUGUGAUUACAGUGGAGAAGGCUAGAAGGCGGAGAGGGCGAACCCCCACUCCAGGAAGGUAUCUUGGUCUGCGAACAAUUCGUGGGCGCCGGCGAACCCCUAGCUACUCCCCACCUCGCAGGUCUCCUACCUACUCUCCUUACAGAAGGAGCUACAGUCGAUCGCCCGGUUACUCAUCUGACCGAAGUAGGAGCAGAUCAUACUCUCCUCCAUACAGAAGGCGGAGAUCUUACUCUCCUGACUAUAAGAGGCGGCGGUCUUACUCUCCUGACUAUAGGAGGCGCAGGUCUUACUCUCGCUCAUGUUCUCCUUACAGCAGGUCACCAGUGAGAUACCGUGAGCGAUCCUACUCUCCUUAUAGAAGGGAUUACUCACCAGAUGACUCUUACUAUGGAAGGAGGCGACGCUAUCGCUCUGUCUCACGUAGUGUCUCGCCCAGGUACCGGAGGAGCUCAAGGAGGAGCUACUCACGCAGUGUCUCUCCAAGGCCUAGGAGGGUUUCUCGGAGAAGUUACUCACCUAGUGUAUCUCCUGAACCAAGGAGGAGAAGCUCAAGGAGGAGUUACUCUCGGAGUGCUUCUCCUAGAUACAGGGGCUCAAAGUCCCACAAGGGUUCAGCCCUGCGAAAAUACUCCAGGAGCUGCUCUAGGAGUCGAAGUCCGAGUGUGAGUGCAAGUUCUAGAUUUAUGUCAAGAUCUGCCAGUCCUGGAUCUACCUCAUCUUCAACAUGAAGUCUGUUACUAAGCACAUCUCCGGCUUUGUAGGGAUUGUGAUUUCAUCGUCCCAGUAUUUGAUCCUGUAGGGAUUGUGUAUCUCGACUCGCUGUUAUUAGACUGUUGCUAUUGAUAAAUGUAAUUGUUGUACUAGUUAUUUCCUCUGCAUGGUUGGUCAGGCGUUCUGUGCUUCAGUUAUUUCAUUGUUGUUUUUAGUCAUGCGUUUCUUUUCUCACUCACAAUCUGUUUCUGCAAUUAGAAAGUGAAUUGCCUAAAGU